CAUAGACGCUGUCCCAGAAAGAACGGGGCCAUUGUGCACGCUUGUCUCAAGCAAUCAUGGGUAACUGGGUGGAAAAUGAAGGACUGUCCAUCUUCGUUGUUCUUGUGUGGCUGGGGUUAAAUGUCUUCCUCUUCUGGUGGUACUAUCUUGUCUACGAUGUCCCACCAAAAUUCUUCUACACCAGAGUACUCCUCGGUCGUGCUUUGGCUCUGGCGAGGGCUCCUGCAGCUUGUCUGAAUUUCAACUGCAUGCUGAUUCUGCUGCCAGUAUGUCGAAACUUGCUCUCCUUCCUCAGAGGAUCAAGUGCGUGCUGCUCUACCCGUGUCAGGCGACAGCUGGACAGGAACCUCACCUUUCACAAAAUGGUGGCAUGGAUGAUCGCCCUUCAUACUGCAAUUCACACCGUUGCACACUUAUUCAACGUGGAGUGGAGUGUGCAAGCCCGUUCUGAAAAGCAAGGAAGUCUGGCAGGUGUGCUUUCUAGCCUUGGUGAUAAACCGAAGGAAAGCUAUAUCAACUUUUACAGAGGAACUAUUGGGAAUCCUGUGGGGGGCCUGUAUGUGGCUUUCACGUACUUGGCUGGUCUUACUGGAGUUAUCAUCACGCUGGCCCUCAUACUAAUCAUCACAUCGUCCACCAAAACCAUCCGAAGGUCAUAUUUCGAAGUAUUUUGGUACACCCACCAUCUCUUUGUCAUCUUCUUUAUUGGCCUUGUCAUCCAUGGUGCUGGGCGUAUUGUACGGGGACAGACAGCUGAGAGCCUGGCUGAACAUAAUCCAGAGAUAUGCUACAAGAACUUCACUCACUGGGGAAAGAAGGGGGCUUGCCCAAUCCCCCAGUUUUCAGGGAAUCCUCCUAUGACGUGGAAGUGGGUAGUAGGUCCCAUGUUUCUGUACCUGUGUGAGAGGUUGGUGCGGUUUUGGAGGUCACAGCAGAAGGUUGUUAUUACAAAGGUGGUCAUUCAUCCCUUCAAGACAAUUGAGCUCCAGAUGAUGAAGAAGGGCUUCAAGAUGGAGGUCGGGCAAUACAUUUUUGUGAAAUGUCCAGCAGUAUCUAGACUGGAAUGGCAUCCAUUUACAUUAACUUCUGCUCCAGAAGAAGAUUACUUCAGCAUUCAUGUCCGUAUUGUAGGGGACUGGACAGAGGGCUUAUUCAAUGCCUGUGGAUGUGAUAAGCAAGAAUUCCAGGAGGCGUGGAAGUUGCCCAAAAUAGCUGUGGAUGGCCCCUUUGGAACAGCAAGUGAGGAUGUAUUCAGUUAUGAAACUGUUAUGCUUGUUGGAGCAGGAAUAGGUGUCACCCCCUUUGCAUCUGUGCUCAAGUCUGUCUGGUACAAAUACUGCCAUGAUGCGACCAACUUAAAACUCAAAAAGAUCUAUUUUUACUGGCUUUGCAGGGACACUCAUGCCUUUGAAUGGUUUGCUGACCUCUUGCAAUCUCUGGAGGCUCAAAUGCAGGAGAGGAAUAACGCAGAGUUUCUCAGCUAUAACAUCUACCUUACAGGCUGGGAUGAAUCUCAGGCCACUCAUUUCGUAGUGCAUCAUGAAGAAGAGAAAGAUGUGAUUACAGGCCUUAAACAGAAAACCUUGUAUGGAAGACCGAACUGGGAAAAUGAGUUCAAAACUAUUGCGGGGCGACAUCCUGGCUCCAGAAUAGGUGUUUUCCUCUGUGGACCUGAGGGCCUAGCUGACACACUCAACAAGCAGAGCAUCAGCAACUCAGAAGCUGACCCACGAGGAGUACACUUCAUUUUUAACAAGGAAAAUUUCUAACUCCUAAGCACACGGGAGUCAUUCAAUACAAAGUCUAAAGACUGGAUCUCUUCUUCUAUUUGGAGUCUGGGAAGGGCAGACCAGCUUCUAAUCUCAGCUACACUAACGCAAAGCCCGUUGCUUCUUGGGAAUUAUUUUGGCGCUGUGGUAGAGUAAAAGAGUCAAUUUUUGCCUUAGGGAAAUACGCACUGCCCUCCACGUGCUGGCAAUUUAAUGGAAAUCUAUUUUCUUUGUAUUUCUGAGGGGAUUUCCUCUCAAUUAACUGCCUUUAUCCUCCUGUUAUUCAUAAUGACUCCUGAAGGGUCUAGGCAGCCAUAUGCAUUUGGGACCCAAUUCACACUGAUAAAGCUUAAUGCUAUUAAGCAAUAAAGCAUUCUAGCAUAAUGCUUGCUACUAGGAGACAGCUUAUCCUGGCUACAGCCAGUCCCUGGAAUGAGGCGGGGUUAGGGAAGGGUGACUGGGAAAGAUUGUUUCUUACAAGAGGAAAACUUCUUUGUGCACCAGCAUCUUUCAGAUUUCCAAAUACAAGCAUAAACAUCUUGACCAAGAGAUAGUGCAGGCAGCUGAAAAGCAGCCAUUCCUCUUUAGGAAAAUGGAGAACUGGAAAGGAACCACCUGGGUUUCUGAGGGCCACCCCAGCUGCAGGGGGGUGAUGGGAACAGAGUCACACCAAGUCCCACACCUGGUACGUGAGCCAUUGCUCGGCUUCUUCAAACACUCUCAGUUUCACAUCUUCAAAUUCGUGGUGCAGGGAUCCAAACAAGAAGAGGUUUUGUGUUUUCAAGACUGCCAUUUCCGAUUUUCAAGGCUGAAAAAACUUACUGCUAAAUGAUUUAAUGGGUAUUUUCUGAAGCAUUCUUAAAUGUAUACAGUUCUUUAGCGCUAUUGUUCAGCUGUUCCUCGUUGAUGGUGAAACAGGUUUGAGAAAGCAAAGAUCAUGUGGGCAGUAUCUGGAAUAGUUUCUGGUGUGUACAAGACACGCAUACACAGCACAGGACUUCCGUAUAUACAUUGCAGGUAAUAGGUCUUAAAAAAAAAAAAAAAGAGGAACCAAAACUUUUAAUACCAGCAGCAGAGAAAAGUAUUAAAACUAGCAGCAUAGAAAAAAAAGAAAAGAACAAGGGCAAAAAGCCACAGUUUAGUAUACCAUGGGUCUCCUGUUCAGCCUAGUCACCUGCUUACUGCCUUUUAAACUCUGCAGCCAAGCCCUGUGAGAUCUACACAGCACGAGACCUUGCUGACAGGUUCUUAUAGUCACAGAAGAAAGCAGUGGCCUCCUCCUGCAAUUUCGGACAAGUUUGUGUAGACAACUGGUUGCAUGUAGCAUAUUUUACGCCUCAACUUGCUGGACAGGAUUUGUUCUCCCUUUACAUGAUUUUUAAAUGUUAUCCCAGCACUCCAUGCUACUUCAGAAGGACAGCUUACCAGUUUGUAUUAAUUAUCAGUUUCUGUGAACUGUUAAAUGACACAAUGAGUUACAUAACAUCUGAAGGGGAGGAAGCCACAGGUGGUGAAAGCUAGCAAAUAUCAACUCUUGGUGGGGAACUUUGCAUUUCUUUCCCUCAGAAAGGCCAUAUUUAAAUCUGCAAAAGUCUGUUUGAAACACACCUAUUAAAUCAGAAUAGAGCUUAAGCAGAAUUAAAGAAACCUUUUCUGUGGAACAAAAAAAAUUGCUACUGAAACAUAAUAAGGCUCUCAUCCUGUCCGGAGAGCACCGAAAUAUUUGGCUUUGAUUUUAAUGGAAAUACAAUCAGACUUCUAUGCUGUUAGAUAGCAGGCAAAGAGGAAUUGCAAGGGGUCUAAUAGAGACAGCAUAUUUAUCAUGUGAAGAGUCUUGGAGGGAGUGUACCUUAAUUCACCCAUUAAUUUUCUAAACAUUGCCAUGUUCGUUCUUAAAACCCCUGGGACCUUUCCUUACUCAGUCAGUUGUAAUGACACUCCCUGACCUGCUGCGCACUUGUACCAGGGGUUGUUUGUUACCUGAAACUCAGGAAAAGGAUCUCUGUGCUUAUUACUAAACCACUGUCUUCCUAAAACAUACAAAAGAACAAGCUUCUGAGGGCUUCUCAGUUUCUUUCAAAGGUUUGUUGUAUUAAAUCCUGCUGAAAUAGCAAGCCAUGCAUUAUCAGUCAUGGUCUGUAAAUGAAGGUUUGUUUUUUUUAAAUCUAGGAUACAUGAGUGAAACAGAUAGCACUGAAAUACAAACAUAAGAACCAGACUAGCUUGAGUCCUCCCUACUCUUCAGCAAAGCACAAAGGGUUGUCAGUGUUUUAAGUCAAUGCUGCUGUCUUCCUGGGUGGUAAAGGAGUAAAGCCCUUCUUCCAAAUGCUUGCCUGGUUUAUAGUUCUUCAAAGAAGUGGUUUAACUGGUAAGCCACUUUAAACACAGGCCUUUUCUUAACAGAACAUCUUUUACAACAAUUGCAUUAGAUAUAAAGCCCAUGCCUAUGUUAAACUCUUAGACAAUUGUGGCUGCAACACCACCCCACCACAGCUUCCCAGGCAGGGCAUACAGUGCUCCUCAAUCACCCAGAGAAGGCUAGGGCAGCAGGCUACAGGUGAGCUUAAAGGACAGUCCUGUUUCAUGGCCAAAUGCCACUGCUUGCAAUCUGACCAUCGCUAUCGGCUGGUCCUCCCGCCAAAAAUUUCCUCCUUCCAUGUAUUAGGGGAUUUUUCUCUCUUGGGGGCGGGAGAAAGUGUCACUUUCACAAUAAACCGAUUAUUUUGCUGUCAAAUGCCUGCCCUGGAAAGAAAGGGUGGCUUCUCACCUUUGUUUGAGGUGAGGAAGGAGAAACUGCAUGUGGUACUCAGCAGUUUAGGCAAUGCUCUCUGGCAGCAUGACCCUGCUGCAGUAGCACCAGCAAGGUUUUCUGAAAGGCAGGGAGGUCUCAAAGUUGCUUCUGCGGACAGCGGGGAGAAGCAGCACAAGGGGGAUGGCAGUGAAUGGACAAAGGCAGGACUCAAGGGAACCCCAUGUUUCACUGACGAGGGUCAGUUGCCACCACAAAACUCUUCCUCCCGUCUUUACUAAGCUCCUGAUUAGCUGGGUGCCAAAGUAAAUUAGCUGUUGUGCUUGCUCUGGCAGAGCUCUACUGCUGCCCACAGCUGCCGGGGUCUUCGGGCACCCUCUGGAAUUUUCCCCACUUCCAGUCGAUCUGUACACUACAAGCAGCUCUCCCAUUAAGGCUGUCCUUUAACAGUAACCUUGGGUCCUAGCUCUGCCUCAUCUGCAGAGAGGACUCUAAAAGAGGUAAGAACCUCUUAGUGCUCCUGACACCGCCAGUAGACACAGGAGCUCAGUCUGUGUGAGAUGCACUAUUGAACUUAUUCUGUACCUGAGUUUACAAAGUGGACUGAUUCCUGACCUGUCCUUCCAUCUGGCUCCACGAAUUCCCUAUUCAAAUGAAAAACGCUCUGCUGAUGGCAAGAAAAGCCAGUUGUUGCUGGAUUACCACUUCAACUAAUGGAAAAAAUUAGGAGUUCAAUUCAAAGUGACUGAAGAGAGAAGUUGGUCUCACUUAUGGUCUCAGCUCAGCAUGUUUUCCUUCCCUUCUUAUAUGAUAUUUUCUCUGUCUUCCCAUAUGUAGUCAUCUGAAUUGAGCACUUAAUUCAUCAAUAGCCUUUAUUACCAGUCCACUGUAGUUAGUCUUGCAGUUAAGGACCCUGAUCCUCUGGGGUGCUGGGCAGCUAUGGUUUCCAUUGGCCUCAUCUUGAUUUUGGAAACUGGAAGGGGGCUGUAGAGGGGGCAUGGCACCUGGUCAUAACCAGAUAAUACAUUCAAGGUUGGCCUUGAUAUGUACUGGGUCUCAUCUAGUCCUCCUCCCUUCCCUGGCACAUACUUGCCAAGUGUACACAUGGGCAAAUGAAAUCAAAGGUUUUGUAUGUUUUAACCUACAGUAAAAAUGCUACUCUGCCUGUUCA